AUGGCCAGGAAUCGCCUGGGACUGCCCGAUGCGAGCCUGCAAAAACACUCGUCAAGAAAUGCCCAAGCCUGCCUCGAGGCCGCGUUGUGGGAGCUGGGCGAGCAGCCUCUGAGACACCGCCGUGCACUGUAUCAUUUGGCCCCCCAGCGCUUCGACACGCCUAGCCCAGCGCUUAGCGGGCUAGGACGGCCAGACAAGAUCCCCAAAGCACCAUCCAGAGCACCUUCAGCCCGAGCUUCAACCUCCACGGCUCGCCAGCGUCGUGUGGAAUCGCCCAGGAUUGCGAGCUUCCGAUCAUUUCACACACCGUUGCCAACGACCGUCGAGUCUGAUUUUUCUUUCCCAGGCGUCGUUUCUCCCGCCGACCGCAAGCGAUAG